CAAGAGCUUACUUAAUUCUUAUUUUACAUUUUCUUACCGUUUCUUAGGUUUUAGCUUCUGAUUUAUUCUUUUCUUGGGUAUGAAGGUGUGGAAAGCUACAACUGAAAACUGAAGUCUAGCUUUUUCUUCUCGGAUUCUAACCAAACAAACAUGCCUUCAUCUUCUUCUUCUCCAGCUCCUCCUCCUCCAAAUCACAUUUUCCUCAGUCCCCAAAUUCCAUUUUUUAUUUGACCAGAAAGUCAAAAAAAAAAAAAAAAAAAAUGUCGAUGGCUUCCAGUUCCGGUUGCAUCGUUCUUGUCGGAACCACCUCCGCUGUGGAAUCAUCCUCCGCCGGCUUCGGCGGUUGUUCUUCUCCUGUCGUUCUUCAAUUUGAUGUCGCUUUGGGUGGAAGCAAUGGUGGCGGUUUGAGUAGGGUUUGUAGGGUUCGAAUCGGGGUCCGGUCAGGGAGGCGAUGGAGAUCGCGGGCGAUUCGUGAGUUGCAUCAGCAGAAGAAUCAGAUUCAUGGUGGCCCUGGUAAUGCAGCUCCGACCACCACUGUUGAAAUUCCGGUUUCUUGUUACCAGAUUGUUGGUGUUCCUGAUCAAGCAGAAAAAGAUGAGAUUGUUAAGUCAGUGAUGGUACUGAAAAAUGCUGAGGUUGAGGAAGGCUAUACAAUGGAGACCGUUAUGUCACGCCAGGAUCUUUUAAUGGAUGUGAGGGAUAAACUUCUUUUUGAACCAGAAUAUGCCGGUAAUGUGAAGGAGAAGAUCCCACCUAAAUCUGCCCUUCGAAUUCCGUGGGCUUGGUUGCCUGGAGCUCUUUGCCUCCUUCAAGAGGUUGGAGAAGAGAAACUUGUGCUGGAUAUUGGCCGAAGAGCACUCCAGCAUCCAGAUGCUAAGCCAUAUAUUCAUGAUUUGAUUCUAUCUAUGGCACUAGCAGAGUGUGCAAUUGCAAAGAUUGGUUUCGAGAAGAACAAAGUAUCUUAUGGAUUUGAAGCUCUUGCUCGUGCUCAGUGUCUUCUUAGGAGCAAAAUGUCUCUUGGGAAAAUGGCAUUGUUAUCUCAGAUAGAAGAAUCUUUGGAGGAGCUUGCACCUGCUUGCACAUUGGAAUUGCUAGGCAUGCCUUACAUACCUGAAAAUACUGAACGGAGACGGGGAGCAAUUGCAGCCCUGUGUGAAUUGCUCAGGCAGGGUCUUGAUGUAGAAACUUCAUGCCAAGUCCAAGAUUGGCCAUGCUUCUUGAGCCGGGCACUCAACAGGCUCAUGGUCAUGGAAAUAAUUGAUCUUCUUCCAUGGGAUAAUUUAGCCGUUACACGGAAGAAUAAAAAAUCACUUGAAUCUCAGAAUCAAAGGGUUGUAAUUGAUUUUAAUUGUUUCUACAUGGUGUUAAUCGCUCAUAUUGCUCUUGGGUUUUCAAGCAAACAAGCAGAUUUGAUCAACAAAGCAAAAGUGAUAUGCGAAUGUUUGAUAGCUUCAGAUGGCGUUGAUCUAAAAUUUGAGGAAGCCUUUUGCUCAUUCCUUCUUGGACAGGGUGAUCAAGCAGAGGCUGUUGAAAGGCUUCGGCAGCUUGAAUCUGGUUCAAAUACUGCUUCACGAAAUUCAAUUCCAGGAAAGGAAAUUAAAGAUUCUUCCAAUGCAAACCCAUCAUUGGAGUUGUGGUUGAAGGAGGCUGUGCUUAGUGUUUUUCCUGAUACACGAGAUUGUUCUCCGUCUUUGGCCAGUUUUUUUGGUGCUGAAAAAAGAACUCCUCGGAACAGGCAAACUAAAGGAGCCCUACUGACCGUUCCUAGUGUAAACCACAGACCAAUAUCUACUGCUCUUGCAUCUGAUCGGAGAGAUAUUGAGGAACCUCUUUCAUAUAAGAACUCUUCUCGACAUCUUGGGUCAGCUGUAAAGCAGUUGGCUCCAGCUGAUUUGCAAAGCCCUUUAAUAUUGGGCAAGAAUGGUAAUGAAAGUGAUAUUAACCCACCAUCUGUUCAACUGAAAAGAAAUCUUGGGGCAUACCAUAGUAAAGUGUGGGAAAAUUGGUUGACCACUAGAGAUGUAGUUGGAAGGGUAACCUUUGUAACAGUAUUAGGGUGUGUUGUACUCAUGACCUUUAAGCUCUCAGGUCUGAAGUUUGGGAGAAUGAGGACUACAUCUAGAUUGGCCUCCCACAAAUCAAUUGUGGAGACAAGUUCUCUUGCCCGGACAACGGAUCCUUCUCUAGAUUGCAGAAGUAGCAUCACUUACAAACUCAAGAAGCUGCUGGUGAAGGUUACAAAGCAACUCAGGAACCGCUCAGAUGGUGGGAACCUGCAAAGUUCAGGCCUUGCUGCCAAUCUAUCAUCCUCCAUGGCAGCAGUGGACAGGAGUCCAAUGCCUAUGCAAGAAGCUGAGAUGCUUGUCAAGCAAUGGCAAGCCGCUAAAGCUCAAGCUCUUGGUCCUAGCCAUCAGAUUGAUAGCCUGUCUGAAGUCCUUGAUGAUUCAAUGCUGGUUCAGUGGCAAGCUCUAGCUGAUGCAGCAAGACUUAAGUCUUGUUUCUGGAGAUUUGUUUUACUGCAAUUGUCUGUUAUUCGGGCUGAUAUUUUAUCAGAUAGCACUGGCAUUGAGAUGGCAGAAAUAGAGGCUCUCCUAGAAGAAGCAGCAGAGCUUGUUGAUGAAUCUCAGCCAAAGAACCCGAAUUAUUACAGCACAUAUAAAGUCCGUUAUCUUCUGAGACGACAAGAUGAUGGUUCAUGGAGAUUUUGUGAAGGCGAUAUUCAAAUACCAUGCUGAUAUUCAACCAAGUUCUGGGAUAAAAUUAGCCGACCCAUCAGGACUUGCACCUGCUAAACUGCUUCCUCCCAUCUUCAUUCUUCUCUUAUGGAGACAACCCAGAAACUGAAACUGGAUCCCAACUGCAGGUGGGCAAUGAUGCAUUUCUUUUGACCUGGAAAUUGAAACUGGGUUCCGAGUAUACGAGAGCAGUGAUUCAUUUCUGGGUAGGGCAUUCUCUAUUUUAAUGCAGAUACGGGGCAGUGUUGAUUUUAUGAUAUGAUGGUGCUGUAUAAGGGAAUUGAAUUGUAGCUGAGAUUGGAUUUGUUCCUCCAUUUUAUAAUCAACAGCUUCAGAAUUCUACUGUUGAGACCGCUUGAGGAAAAUAAUUUAAACCUUGUCCUGGAUGUAGUAA